UUAUUAAUUCUAAUGAAUUAAUGAUGAUCAUCAAAAAAAAUCAAAAAUUUUUAUCGGAUUUUCCGCAUGGAAGUUUUCAAAUGACAAAUUUAAGCAAUACAUUUGGUUACGGUUCAUUGUACUUGGAAAAUGAUUUACGAAGAAAAUGACAACGAAUGAUUACAUACAUUGAAAAUAAUGGUGUGAAAAUAAAAUGGUGGCCAAAAUAAAAUAAAAAAUGCAUCACAUCAAUAAUGUUUGAAGAUAUAAACUAGUUUUUUUGUUGUUGUUGUUGUAUGGUACUAUAUACUAUUGGUCAUUGGUGUUAGAAGGUUAAUGUAUAAUAAUAUACAUCAAGAGAUGAUUGCAUCCACAUUUAAUCGUUAUCAACUGGUGGGGUAAGUUCAUCAAAACAGACACACACGGUGAAUCGAUCAAAACAUCAUUUAUAACAACGAAUUGCUAUUGAUAUUCAUUCGUAAUGAAUGCAUAUCAAUAGUGAAUAUAGAAUAUAUACGCAACGAAAAAAAGUACAAAAAACGAAUAAAUAAAGAAGAAAAAAGAUGCAAAAAUGUAAACUAAUUUCGAUAUCAUCAUUGAUUUCAUUAUGGAUAUUAUUAUCCCAAUAUAUUAUCAUCAUUGAUAAUGCACCAAUUGUACCGAUAUUGACAGCAUUAGCGGCUUCGGCAGUCGGUCUAUUUCAAAUACAAAUUGAUACACUUCAUAUUGCCAAAUAUAUUCGUGAUGCUUCACAUCAUAAACGGAAUCGUGGUGCAUUUGUUCGUGAUCUAUUGUAUACGGCAUUCUAUCGAAGUGGACAAGAAUAUAAUGUUAUUGUAUUCAAUUUAGCUGAAGAACAUCAACAACAAUUAUAUGGAGUAAAUUUUUAUGGAAGUGUUGCCUUUACCGAUGGUACCCGUUUCGGUAUCUGGGUAUUUGAACAUGGAAAAUUUGAAAAUCAUGGUGCUCGUGGCUGGCAUAAUUGGGGAAUGAUUGGAUCAUUUAAAAAAAGCAAAGAUGGUGCAACUAUUUAUUUUCGUCGAAGACAUCGUUCAUCAACGACGACCAUUGCAACGACAUUGGAUUCAUCAACACGACAAACAUCCACAUAUUUGACAACAACAACAACAACAACAACAGCUAGCACGACUACAAUAGCUGUUCCAAUUGUGGAUUUAAAAAUUGAACAUUUACAACAAGUACCUGGUAGUAAUAAAAUAUUUUCAUUAGAUAAUAUUGAAAUUAAAAAUGAAUCAAAAAUCAACAACAAUACAAACACAACCAUUAAUUCGAAUCAUCAAUUGAAAAUGGAACAUUUGCAAAAAAUUCUUGAUGAUAAAACAUUCCAAGAUGACAAUGCUACCGAAGUGAAUGAUGGUUCAUCAUCAUCAUCAUCAUCGGAACCGAACAAAGUAGAAAUUAAAAUCAAAAUCGAAGAUAAAAGAACGAAAAAUAAAUCUAAAUCAAAGAAAAAAGCAUGAUAAUCAUGAAUGGGUAAAACAUGAUUUUGUAAAUUAUCAUCUAUGCAAUUUGUUAGAUUGUUUUUUUUCGUAAAAUAAUAAAAUAAAUUA